AUGGAAGGCAGACUGUUUAGCUUCCCAGGAAAUAUUGCGAAUUAUCUAAUGAUUCAAGAAGUAGAUGCUAUGUACCUACCAGUCCCCGUAAAUUUCAUUUUUAUUGGAUUUGAAGGAAGUGGGAAUCGAGAUUUCAAGCUCAAUCCAGAUGAACUGGAGCGUUGGUUCACCAAGAUUGAUCAUAUCUUUGAACAUACACGAGUACCUCAGAUCGGAGAGGUUCUUACUCCAUUUUACAAAAUCAGUGUUGACAAAGGUCAACGACAUCAUCUUCCCAUUAUCAGUCACAUAAACUACAACUUUUCUGUUCACGCCAUUGAAAUGGGUGUAAAGGUCACUUCAAUCAUUGAACAUGCCAUAAAUGUUUUGGCUCGCAAGGAUGACAUUUCAAGUAACAGGGAUGAGAAGGAUGCCCUUUGGCAAGUUGAUAUGGAUCUGAUGGAUGUUAUUUUCACAAGCCUUGUUGAAUACCUGGAACUUGACAGCGCUUAUAACAUUUUCAUUUUGAAUCCCAAGCAUGACCUGAAGAGAGCUAAAUAUGGCUAUCGGAGAGGUUUAUCAUGGUCAGAAAUCGAUUUCCUGAAAAAGGAUGAAAAUCUACAGACUAAGAUUUUGGAGUCUGGAACUGUUCCAGAAAGUGUCCUUGCAUUCGAAAAGAUCAAGAGACCUUUAUAUGAAAAGCAUCCUAUGCCGAAAUUUGCUUGGACAGUUGUCGAAGAUACUGAUACGGCUGAAUGGUAUAACAAUUGUCUGGAUGUGCUCAAUAAUGUUGAAAAACUGUACCAAGGGAAAGACAUUUCUGAAAUCAUCUUGAGCAAAGCUUUGCAGCUUUUGGAAGGAAAGAAUAAAUACAUGAAGCUUCUUUUGAAGAAGGAACUAAAAGCUGGGGACCUUGCUGGAUUUCAACCAGAAUGUCUCACUGAUACCUGGAUCGGGAAGGACAGGUGGGCGUUCAUUGAUCUAUCCGCUGGCCCUUUCGCAUGGGGUCCUGCUGUUGGUGGGGAAGGUGUUCGUACAGAACUUAGUCUUCCAAAUGUGGAAAAAACAAUUGGUGCUGUUACAGCUAAUAAAAUGUCCCCCCUCCAGGCUCCAAAUUGCAAUCUGUUUGUGCCAGUGCUUCUUUUGCAGUUGUCUCUUUACAGUGUAUUUAAUUUCUCUGCUGUAAUCCAGAAAUUUCUGAAGAUGAAGCUGAAGAUCGCUUGCAAGAAGCAAUCCAGGAAAAAUUUGCAAUAUUUGGUGAUGUAUAAAGAUCAUCAGGCGGUUGAUAUCCUUCUUGCUGAAAUUGAUAUCUAUGAGCUUUUUGCUUUCAAGCACUGUAAAGGAAGAAGAGUUAAGCUAGCACUUUGUGAAGAGCUUGAUGAGAGAAUGAGGGACUUGAAAAAUGAACUUCAGUCCUUAGAAGGUGAAGAAAAUGAUGAGAGCCCUAAGAAGAAGGCCAUGGAGGCAUUGAAACGUAUGGAAAACUGGAAUCUUUUUAGCGAUACCCAGUAGGAUUUCCAGAACUACACUGUUGCACGAGAUACAUUUCUUGCACAUUUAGGUUCAACUCUUUGGGGAUCAAUGAGACACAUAAUAUCACCUUCAAUUGCUGAUGGUGCAUUUCAUCACUAUGAGAAGAUAUCAUUCAGUUGUUCUUUAUAACACAAGAGAAAGUUAGGACCAUUAAACAACUCCCUGUGGAUCUCAAAGCUAUCAUGGAUGGGCUAUCAUCUUUGUUAUUACCUUCGCAGAAACCUAUAUUCAGCCCAAACUUGUUAUCACUUUCAGAGGAUCCUGCUUUAGCCAUGGCUUUUUCAGUGGGACGACGAGCUGCAGCUGUCCCGCUCUUGCUUGUGAAUGGAACUUAUAGGAAAACCAUUCGGACAUAUCUUGACUCCUCCAUUCUUCAGUAUCAGUUGCAGAAGCUGAAUGACCAUGGUUCUCUAAAAGGAGCACAUGCCCAUACCAGAUCUACACUUGAAGUUCCCAUCUUUUGGUUUAUUCAUGGAGAGCCAUUAUUAGUUGACAAGCACUAUCAGGCAAAAGCGCUUUCUGAUAUGAUCGUUGUUGUUCAGUCAGAGCAAUCAUCAUGGGAAAGUCAUCUCCAGUGUAAUGGGCAAUCACUCCUGUGGGACUUGAGAAGACCCAUUAAAGCUGCUCUCGCUGCUGUUUCUGAACAUCUGGCCGGCUUACUUCCUCUUCAUCUGGUCCACAGCCAUGCACAUGACACUGCAAUUGAGGACUGGAUAUGGUCAGUAGGAUGCAAUCCAUGAUCCAUUACAUCUCAAGGCUGGGAUAUCUCACAGUUCCAUUUGGAUACAAUUGCACGGAGUUACAUAAUCACCACCCUUGAAGAGUCUCUACAACUAGUCAAUUCUGCAAUACGCAGUCUACUCAUGGAAAGGACAUGUAUCCUUUGGUCACUGUUUACUGCUGUUUUAAAACUCGGUUUUAUGUGUGGAUUUGGAGAAGUGUAUUUUUUUAGUGCUCUUAUUAUCCAUUUGUCUGUUGCUUCUGCUGAAAAGACUUUAACCUGAAACAGCUAAAAGUACAUACAAGCUCUUCCAUUCUAAAGAGAAAGAACUUGUGAACAAGUAUAAUAAUGUUGUCGGUUUGUGGAGAAGGAUUGCAACUGUUACUGGAGAACUGCGUUAUGUGGAUGCCAUGCGACUUCUUCUUACCUUGGAGGAUGCAACUAAAGUGUUUUCUGAGCAAGUGAAUGCAACUAUUGCUCUUCUGCAUCCAGUUCACUGCACAACAGAGCGGAAAGUGCAUCUGGUUUUCGACAUGGCAACCAUUCCUGCUUUCCUUGUUGUUGCUGGUCUUCUGUAUGCCGUGUUGAAGCCAGGACGGGCCAAGCCUAAGAUUAACUAACGGAAAGAUCACGGGGCGUCCUCGUCUUCUGAAGCAUAUCAUCUUGGGAUGGGGGAUCGAUCAUUUGAAUUGGACACACCUAUCCCUAACACAGGUUUCACUAUAUACACACCUUCGAUCAUUUUCGGUUUAAUGCUACCAUUGUCGAGGCUGCCGGUUAAAAUUUGUCCAAGUGAAAUAGGAUUUUGUAGAACGUAGCCAUAAGUUAGAUGAUGUAACCAGAUGGAGAGAGAGAGAGAGAGAGAGAGAGUAGUUUCUGAUGAUGUUAGUUAGCAGCUGGAAGAAAUUUUGCAGAUUAGAAGUUUCUGUUCGCAUAAUUCAGCUUGGUUGAUAUGUAG